AUGGCGGUGCCUUCAGCCCAUGAGUUUCACUGGCAGAGCUUGGCACGACUGCCCAGCGGCCGCGUCUACCACACUCUCUCUGAAGUUGGGGGGCAGAUGUACAUGCUGGGGGGCUGCGACACUGCAGGGAGGCCUUGCCCCGGUCUGGAGCUCUAUUCUCCUGAGGGGGACCGGUGGAUAAGUUUGCCUCCAAUGCCCACCCCUCGUGCUGGGGCAGCUGUGGCAGUUCUUGGAAAGCAGAUCCUGGUGGUGGGAGGAGUGGGAGAGGACCAGAGCCCCCUCAAGGUGGUGGAGAUGUAUAACACAGAGGAAGGGAGGUGGAGGAAGAGGAGCGCUCUGCGGGAGGCCCUGAUGGGUGUAUCCAUCACUGUGAAAGAUGGACGGGCUCUGGCUGUGGGGGGAAUGGGUGCUGACCUGCUCCCUCGCAGCAUCCUGCAGCAGUAUGACCUGCGAAAGGAUGUGUGGGCGCUACUUCCUCCCAUGCCGACCCCGCGCUACGAUGCCAACACACAUCUGCUGGGCAACAAACUCUACGUGGCAGGUGGCCGUCAGUGUAAAAGACCGGUGAAGGCCUUUGAAGUGUACGAUGCAGAGACGCGUUCUUGGACCACUCUACCCAUGAUGCCCUGUAAACGUUCAUAUGGUGGUGUGAUAUGGGACACAGCUGGGAGGCUGUGUCUGCUCGGAGGACUGCGUCAAGGGGGAGGACACCAGAGCUCCAAGUUCACCAAGAACGUCAACAUUUUUGACACUAACCAAGGUGCCUGGUUGAAGUCAGAGGAGACGGUGGUGCUGAAAACAAAGAGAGCUGAUUUCGCGGCUGCUUUCCUGCGUGGCCGGAUGGUAGUGGCAGGAGGACUUGGUCAUGAACCCUCAGCACUGGACACAGUGGAGGCAUUUCAUCCUCAGAAGAAGAAGUGGGAGAGGUUGGCUCCCAUGACCUUCCCCCGAUGCUCCGCCUCCUCCAUUGUCAUCAGAGACCGCCUCCUGGUGGUGGGAGGAGUCAACCAGGUUCCCAGCUCAGCCCAUGAGAUCCUCUAUGUAAAAGAAGAGGAGUAUCUGUAG